AUGGACCCGCCUGAGCAUAAACCGGGAAAAUAUGCAACUGAUCUUCUUGUGAAUCUUUCAAUGACAUGGAUUGACGAUGCUAUCAAGAAGAAUGCUCCAUUUUUCUUGGCGAUUAACCCGGUAAAUCCCCAUAACAACUACGACUGGAACAACGGCAAUCAGAAAUGGACACCGCCUGUUCCAGCAGAGCGACAUAAGAAUGAUUUUCCACAUGCGAAAGUGCCUCGCAGCCCCAGCAACUUCAACCCUGAUAAGGUAAACGUUCCACUUGUCAUCCGCGGCCCUCAAAUUCCCAAGGGCAAGACAGUCGAUUUCGUAACCUCUCAUAUUGACAUUGCGCCUACGGUUGUGAACUGGGCGGGAGCAAAAGGACCUGGGGAUUUUGAUGGCAAUGCAAUCCCUGUUGAUGGCACUCCUGGUACCGAAGAGCCUUUGGAACAUGUCCAGGUCGAGCACUGGGGUAAGGUAUCAGACAAGGAUAGCGUGCCCAAGGAAUUAAAAGGUAAAAUCAACACAUAUAUAGUCGUGAGUGUGGCUCGAAUGGUUGAAUACAGACAAAUAUAA